AUGGAUUCAACAGAUUUCAUCGCAUCAAGAGCAUCAUAUUUUCGAAAGUUAGAUGAAAUACGUCAAAAUGGAAUACUUACAUUCUAUCAGGAUAAAACAUGGUUUAACAGUGGAGAAGAGAAACGAACUAUCUGGGUUGAUAAGCAGGGUCAAGGAAAAAUGCGUACAAAUCAAGGAAAAUGUAAACUUUCCUUUGAAUUUUUAUGA